AUGAUAAAAAUAUAUCAUUGGAGCAGCACUCUGCAUCGUUCAUUGGUGAUCACUGAGAGUCAAAGAAACGCUGGAAAUUUAAUAGAACUUCUGAAGCUCAUCGCAGAAUUUGAUCCAAUUAUGAAGGGCCACCUUUCGUAUGUGCAGCAAAAUCCAGGAUCAACUACAUACCUUUCGCAAGAAAUGCAAAAUGAAUUUAUCCAGUUUCUAGCAGCUGCAGUUAGAGAAAAACUUGUGUGUGAUAUCCAACGUGCCAAAUACUAUGGUAUACUGUUUGAUUCAACUCCUGACGCUGUUAAUCAAGAGCAAAUGUCGGAAACUAUUAGAUAUGUAGAUAUUGACUUUGAGGAAAAAACUGUCGUUGUAAAAGAAAGUUUCCUAGGAUUCAUUCAAACUCAUAAAAAAGAUGCAGCAAGUAUAGCAGGUAUAAUAUUACAACAACUAGAAAAAGACAAAUUAGCUUUCAAAGACUGUCGAUCACAGUGUUAUAACAAUGCGCCUGUAAUGUCCGGCUACAAGUCAGGAGUGCAACAAAGACUCACAGCACUUAACCCAAAAGCUAUAUUUGUUAACUGUGAUAAACAUACACUUAAUUUAGUUGGGGUUCAUGCUGCUAGUCAUGAGGUAACUUCUGUGACGUUUUUUAGUAUCAAACAAGCUAUCUAUGUUUAUUUUUCAAGAUCAACUUUCCGAUGGAAUAGACUGAAAACUGCUCUAGGUGUAUCGUUGAAGUCGGAGUCAGAAACUCGUUGGAGUGCCAGAGUAGAAGCUGUUAAACCGGUACAUGAUCAACUCGAAACCUUAGUAGAAUUAUUUGAAAAUAUUGCAGAGGAUCAUGAUGAAAAUGCAGAUACAAGAAGUGAUGCAAUUCAAUUGAUCUUAACUUUUGAGUUUUUUGUUCUUCUUUGA